UUCAUUCGCUUUGCUUUGCUUUCUCCUUCCCUCUCCCCUUCUUUCUCUCUCUGUCACUCAGUUUCAUCGCAACGACGACAACAACAAUUCAACAUGUUCAGAUCUUCAGAACUCCCAGAUUGUUAUUAUCAAAACAAGCCCAUUUUAAUCUGCCCAGAGAGCCCGACCCCAAAACAUUCACUCUACCUCUCUAACCUCGACGACCAAAAGUUUCUGAGAUUCUCAAUUAAAUAUGUCUAUGUUUAUAAGAAAGCUGUAAGCUCAGAGAGCUUGAAAUCAUCACUCUCAAGGGUUCUUGUGGAUUACUACCCAUUGGCAGGGAGGUUGAGACUGAGCUCCGAAAAUCAAGACAAGCUUGAGAUUGAUUGCAAUGGAGAAGGUGCUUUGUUUGCAGAAGCUUUCAUGGAUUUCACAGUGGAGGAGUUUCUUGAAGCUUCAAGACGACCCAAUAGGUCUUGGAGAAAGCUAUUGUACAGGGUGGAUGCCCAAAGCUUCUUGGAUAUCCCUCCUCUUGUAAUUCAGGUAACAAGCUUUCGCUGUGGAGGGAUGAUAUUGUGCACGGGGAUCAAUCACUGUCUGUGCGAUGGUAUCGGCACUUCUCAAUUCUUGCACGCCUGGGCCCACCUCACCACCAAGCCCAAUAGCGAUCUUCCCGUCUCCCCGUUUCACGGUCGCUACUUAUUAAAACCCCGAAUCCCUCCGAAAAUGACAUUCACUCACCCGGAAUUUACCAAUAGUGCCACCAGGGAGAGGGACGUGGACCUCAUGCAGAUUCUCCAAUCCCAACCCCUCGUACCUACUUCCUUCACCUUCACUCCAUCUCAUAUCCUUCACCUCAAGCGCCUCUGCAUCCCCUCUCUAAAAUGCACCUCCUUUGAAGCCCUUGCCUCUCACACGUGGCGCUCCUGGGUGAAAUCUCUAAAUCCUCCUUCAUCUCUCAACAUCAAGCUCCUCUUCUCCAUGAACGUCAGGAAAACAUUGAACAACCCGCAAUUGCCGCAAGGGUACUACGGCAACGGAUUCGUGCUAGCAUGCGCCGAGACCACUGUUAAGGAGCUGCUGGGUGCUAACUUACACCACGGGGUGAAACUGGUGCAACAGGCUAAGGCAGCUCUCACCGACGAGUACGUUAGGUCUAUGAUCGAUCUCUUAGAGGAACGGCGAUUGAAACCCGAUCUGUCCGCCAGCUUGGUCAUCUCUCCCUGGUCUAGAUUAGGGCUAGAAGACUUGGAUUUUGGAGAAGGGAAGCCACUCCACAUGGGCCCUCUGGCAAGUGAAAUUUACUGUUUGUUUCUGCCCGUUGUCGGCGAUAUAAACAGUGUGAGGGUUCUUGUGUCGGUGCCGGAGAGUAUUGUAGACAAGUUUGAGUACCACAUGAAGGAUCUAUCAGAGAGACAACUAGUGAAGGAAGAAGGCAAGGAGAACAUCGGAGAAGAAGUGAGAGUUUUGGUUGAAGCUUGAGUUGAGUUGAGAGCUUUGUACGUAGAUUGUAACUUUUUGUUCUUGUUUGUUUCUCCGUUCCCUGUAAAAGAGAAGAUCGUUCAAAUCCUCGGCAAUUACAAGGGAAGACUUUUGAUUAAUCAAAUCAAAUCACGUCA